GUUCAUUUCCAUCCACCACCACCUUUAACCCCUUUGGUUCUGCGGCCAUACCCAUUUCAGAGCUACGCCAUCUGAUUGCUAUCGGAAAAUAGCUGCAAGUCAAGAUGCGCGCAGGUCACGAUGUUGCCGAUCGCAAAACGCCACCUGAACCUGCAUAUGCAGCUUCUAGAUCAACAGUUGGACUCCCUCUGCCAAUCAUUAAUAAUCAUCCAUCUUUCAAGCGGACCAUGUCCCUAACUGUAACAGCUCUCUCCGUGUGGCUGGCGGCUCUCUUGGCACUCUAUCUAUUGGACAAUCCUAAACCUGUUCAGCCUUUGAGGGAGGGAGUAGCUCGCUUACCUGUUAUGGGGUACAAUACUUGGAAUGCAUAUUAUUGUGAUAUCGACGAAGCACUUAUCCUUAAAACUGCUAAUCUCAUGAAGUCGCUUGGACUAGCCGAUGCUGGUUACGAUCAUGUAAACAUUGAUGACUGCUACUCGGAAAAGACUCGUAGUGCAUCCGGAGACAUCGUCGCAAACAAAGACCGCUUCCCUAGUGGCAUGAAUAAUCUUACGGACCAGAUUCACGCUCUUGGAUUUAAAGCAGGCAUCUAUAGCGACUCAGGGUGGUUUACCUGCCAACUUUACCCUGGCUCUUAUUCAAACGAGGCCCGGGACGCCAAAUUAUUUCAAGAUUGGGGAUUUGACUAUUUGAAAUAUGACAAUUGUGCUGUACCUUUUGACAACAUCACCCGACAGAACAUCAUAGGGCGUUACGAGCCGAUGACUACAGCGAUUAGUGACCUUGCCCAAAUGUCCGGCAAGCCUCCUCUGGCACUAUCUUUAUGUCAAUGGGGCCGAGAACAACCUUGGUUGUGGGCUCGUAAAUUCGGACAAAGCUGGCGGACUACUGACGAUAUAGAAUCAACAUGGGAUUCUAUUGCUAGCAUCAUCAAUCAAAACUCGUUUAUUACAUGGGCCAGCGACUUUUAUGGACAUAACGACAUGGAUAUUCUUGAAGUGGGAAAUGGCGCCCUUACGUAUGAGGAGACCAAGUCUCAUUUCACGGCCUGGGCGAUGAUGAAAUCUCCGCUCCUCAUCGGAACUGAUCUUUCGAGUGCUACGAAAGAUACACUUGAAAUUCUUACUAAUCCUGAAAUCAUAGCCAUUAACCAAGACCCCGUUGUUGGUACUAGUAUUUCUCCAUUUAGAUGGGGCACAAAUUCCGACUGGGUGAGUAAUAAGACUCAUCCCGCUCAAUACUGGAGUGGUGAGAGCCAAAACGGCACAGUUUUCAUGCUUUUGAAUACUUUAGACGAGUCAUCGACGUUGUUCUUUAACCUAACGGAAUCUCCAUGGAUUCGCGCAGGCAGGCAGUACUCUGUCCGAGACCUAUGGACUCAUACCGACAAUGGUACAGCCAUCCGCAACUUCACGGCUCACGACGUUGCUCCGCAUGGCGUUGUAGCUUUGCUGCUGAAGGAUGCCGGGGAUGAGCCUAAGGGCUUGUGGCCACCCUGUGCUGUCUGGGAAUGGUGUAUGAAUGAGAACGGGACGAGGAUUGAUUAAGAACGAGCUCUCCCCUUAAAUCUUUCGGACUGGCCACGCGAGACUAAGCAUGGAUGAGGAUCUUGAAGUGAAUGCUUUUUCGCCUGUUGUAAUACUACUAGUAACAAUGUAUUGUUCGUGUCCUUCAUCUUCUUGUACUUUUUAGACAAUUAUAGCACCGUUUUUCGUGCA